AUGACCACCAACUCCCUGAGCACGUGCUGCGAGUCGGGCGGCCGCACGCUGGCCGACUCCGGGCCCGCCGCCUCCGCCCAGGCGUCGGUCUACUGCCCGGUCUACGAGAGCCGGCUGCUGGCCACCGCGCGCCACGAGCUCAACUCGGCCGCAGCGCUCAGCGUCUACGGGGCCCCCUACGGCGGCUCGCAGGGCUACGGCAACUACGUGACCUACGGCUCCGAGGCGUCGGCCUUCUACUCUCUGAACAGCUUUGACUCCAAGGACGGGACAGGAUCUGCGCACGCGGGCCUCGCACCCACCGCUGCCUACUACCCAUAUGAGCCGGCCCUGGGCCAGUACCCCUAUGACAGGUACGGAACCAUGGACAGCGGCACGCGGCGGAAGAACGCCACGCGCGAGACCACGAGCACGCUCAAGGCCUGGCUGCAGGAGCACCGCAAGAACCCCUACCCCACCAAGGGCGAGAAGAUCAUGCUGGCCAUCAUCACCAAGAUGACGCUCACGCAGGUGUCCACCUGGUUCGCCAACGCGCGCCGGCGCCUCAAGAAGGAGAACAAGAUGACAUGGCCGCCGCGGAACAAGUGUGCAGACGAGAAGCGACCCUACCCGGAGGGCGAGGAGGAGGAGGGGGGCGAGGAGGAGGCGCGGGAAGAGCCCCUCAAAAGCACCAAGAAUGAAGAGCCUGUAGGCAAAGAGGAGAAGGCGCUGGAGCUCAGUGACUUGGACGACUUCGACCCACUGGAGGCGGAGACCCCGGAGUGCGAGCUGAAGCCGCCUUUCCAGCCCCUAGACGGCGGCCUGGAGCGCGUCCCUGCCGCGCCUGACGGCCGGGGCAAGGAGGCCUCGGGUGCCCUCCGGAUGCCCUUGGCCGCCGGUGGCGGAGCCGCCCUGGACGAGGACCUAGAGAGGGCCCGGAGCUGCCUCCGGAGCGCAGCGGGGCCCGAGCAGCAGCCGGGUGUAGAAGGCGGCCCACAGGCCUGUGAGGCCAAGCUGGGCUUUGUGCCGGCCGGGGCGACAGCAGGCCUGGAGGCCAAGCCGCGCAUUUGGUCGCUGGCCCACACGGCCACCGCAGCGGCCGCCACCACCGCCCUGAGCCAGACUGAGUUUCCGUCCUGCAUGCUAAAGCGCCAAGUCCCCACCGCCCCUGCCGCCGCGUCCUCCGCGCGCGCCACGUCCUCGCCUGCGGCCCCGCCCCGCUCCGGUGCCCUGGACAGGCACCAGGACUCCCCGGUAACCAGCCUCAGAAACUGGGUGGACGGAGUUUUCCACGACCCCAUUCUCAGGCACAGCACUUUGAACCAGGCCUGGGCCACCGCCAAGGGCGCCCUCCUGGACCCAGGGCCUCUGGGACGCUCCCUGGGGGCAGGCGCCAACGUGCUGACAGCACCCCUGGCGCGCACCUUUCCGCCAGCCUCGCCCCACGACGCCUCGGCUGCCGGCGCCGCCAGGGAGCUGCUCUCCUUGCCCAAGGCGGGCGGCAAACCCUUCUGCGCCUGAGACUGGCCGAGCCCAGGACUGAUCUGGCGCUCAGGCUGCAGGCGCGGGCCACGCAGACUAUUUUUGUACCCAGUUUCCAAAGGAAGGCAUGAGCGCAGCCAUGGUAAAGCCGCCAACCCACCGGAGAGGGAGGAUCAGAACUCGGUCUCCCCGGACCAUGAACAAGCCCCGCGCGCUGUCACCCAGGUCCUCCCUCUCCACGGGGUCAGGAGUCGUCCUGGGCCAUCCGCGAACCCAGGACUGGCAGGAAGGGUUCUCCAGCAGAAGGGAGCCACCCUGGAGCACGGAGUUUAGGUCUAAAGUUUACAUGGAGAAGGCGGCUCAGUUCCGAGGCUCUGUUUCCGGUUUCCUUUGGGUCUGAAGCAUGCCGGUGUUCCCCCGCACAGACUGCUGGCCUGUCUACCUUCCGACUCCAUCCUCAGCACGUCGUCCUCACCGACAGCACUUCCACCCAGUUUACACUCCUGCACACUCCUGACUCGAUAAAGUUAUGUUUUCUAAAAUGUAUGUUCACGCCAAUAAUUGCCUGCUUCAGAGGCUAAUAUAGCAAAACCAA